AUGUGGUGCGAGCAGCUCGGCGUGAGCGCCGAGCAGCUGCCGACCGGGUUCGAGCAGCGCUCGCUGUCGCAAGCCCGCGGCACGCACCCGCACAACUACCUGCAAGUGUCGGGCCUAACUCUCAAAUACGUAGGUCCAGGCUCGGUGGACAGUCAUGCGGCGGCCAUCCGCGCGAACAAGCCCGUCCCGGCCGGGAUCCCGAUCUUCUUCUUCGAGGUCCGCAUCAUCAGCAAGGGGGAAGAAGGCUUCAUAGGGAUCGGGCUCUGCCGGCAAGACGUGCCGCUCGGCCGCCUCCCGGGCUGGGAACCUCACUCGUACGGAUACCACGGCGACGACGGUCACACGUUUCAAGGCAGCGGCAAGGGCCGGCAGUACGGCCCGCGGUUCACCACAGGGGACGUGGUGGGGUGCCUGUUCGACCAGGUCAACCGCCGCGUGGUGUACUACAAGAACGGCCGCGAGGUCGGCGUCGCGUUCGAGGACGUCCCCGAGCAGUACUUAUACCCUGUCAUCGGGCUGCGCACGCGCGGCGAGGAGGUCGAGGCGAAUUUCGGCGCGAGGCCGUUCGUCACGGACCUCACGCCCGCCAUCGAGGAGCUGCGCUACGAAGUGAUGUCGCGCGUGCUCGCGGAGCCGCUCCCGCAGCGCGCCCCGGACGCCGCGCGCCACGAGGAGGGCGGCGCGCUGCCCACCCCCGUCCGUCUCGUCCUGGACUUCCUAGUCCAUAGUGGUUACUGGAACACCGCGGAGACCCUCGCACAGUGCGCCGGCGCCCCGAAGCUCGCGGAAGACGUGCGCUACGGCGCGCAGGAUCUGCAAAAGCGGCGCGCGAUGUGUCAGGACGUGCUCCAGGGGCGCGCGGGGGAGGCGCUCGCGCGCGUGCGCGCGUCGAUCCCGGACGUCCUGGAGAAGGACGCGGACCUGAAAGUGCGGCUGUACGUGCAGUGCUUCCUCGAGCUCGUGCGCGAGGGGCGCCGCGACGAGGCCGUCGACUUUGCGCAGCGCGAGUGGGCGCAGGCCGGAGUGUUCGGGGGGGGGAGUAUGGACCUCGUCGAGGACGCGGUCGCGCUCGUGGCGUACGACGACCCGGCGACCUCGCCGACAGGCCACCUGCUGCGCCAGACGCAGCGCGAGGAGGUUGCGCACGCCCUGGACAACGCCGUCCUGCGGGCCCUCGGCCGCCCGCGGCGCCCGGCCCUCGAGCGCGCCCUUCGGCAACUCUGUGUGGUCCGCAAACAAGGAUUGUCGAUUGGGAGCUGCGCCAUGGGUCUGCUCGACCCCGACGGCAUUUUGAAGGACGCGCCGGCGCCCGGAGCGCGCGAGGUGGCCGGGCUGGGCGGCGGCGACGGCGGCGGUGAGAAGGGGGGCGGGGAUGUGGCUAUGCGUGGGGCGGAGGAGGGGGCGGGGGGGGGAAGUGCGCGGGAGACGGAGGAGGACAGGGAGAACAGGCUCGACAGGGAUCUGCGGCGGCUGUACGACGUGACGGAGGACGACGACGAGGAGAUGGAGUCGGUUCCGUCGUUCGACGAAGACCAGGAUUAA